AUGGCCGAUCAGAUCCAGCACCGGCUCCACACGGAGGGGCCGCAAGAACAACCGGGCCUCGAGGCGGCACAGAGCCGGUACUCCACCGCACCGAUCCCGUACGACCCUUCCGAGUUCCAAACCCCGUUGGAAAAGUCAACGUGGACGACAAUGACCCAGGCCUACCACCCAGCGUACGCCCAUGCGGGAGGAACGCCGCCGCCGCCGCCGCAGCCAGAGACACUACAACGACGACGCGUUCUCGGUUUGACGGUGCCUAUCUUUUGGGGUCUGGUGAUUGCGCUGGUUGUCAUUCUUGCUGGGGGAAUCGCUGGCGGUGUCGCGGGAGGGUUGGCGGCUCAAAAGGCCGAUAGUUUGGCAGUGUCAGACAAUGAUUCAUCGUCAACGGCCUCAGCAACGGCAGGCUCUCAAUCAGCGUCUACAAUCACAGGCGCGCAAUCUUCCGCACUGACAGCAACAUCAUCAUCAUCGACCUCCCGCUCGAUCCCCACAGGCAUCCGCGCGGCGCCCACGGACGGCGGCUGCCCAUACAUCAACACGACCACUUACACGCCCACCGACGGCAGCGGGAACGCCAUGAAAGUCAGCUCCGGAUCCGGCUCCGGGUCCGCCCAGCUCUUCCGCCAACUCUGCGAGGUCAACUACCCGUCGGGAGCCGCCUACGGCAACCCGGCGCUCUACGACAUUAUGAAGGUGUACGUCUCGACAUUCGAGGAGUGCAUGGCCCUCUGCGCGGCGUAUAACCAGGCGUACGGUAGUAACCUCGCCAACGGCGACGUCAAGAGCGGAGGGUACUGCAGGUCCGUCGCUAUGAUCAAGCUUCCCGGGGAGUAUUGCUACCUCAAGAACGGUACCGGCAAAAUGGAUACGCAGGGGCACCCCAAGGAUUUUGUUAGUGCUGUGGUCAUUUCUGGGCUACCGGAUGCGUAG